ACGCGGAGUGUGAGUGACAUGCGAAGCGAGCGAGCGGCUUCACACAGCUAAAGAACAGAUGACUGCGAUCACACUGCCUGAGCUUGUCCUCGGGCACAGCGACUGGUUUGCCAUGUCGCUGUCUGACGAGGCGAUGACGCCAGAACAGCGCGAGUUGUAUGAGAGAGUCAAGAAUGCGAGUAGUGAGCUUCCUUUAAGUUGGCCUUGGAUGUGUGAUGUUGAAACGCAGACACUUGCUGAAGCACUCAAGGUGAACACGACGCUCACCCAGCUCGACAUCCCAAAUCGAUCACUUCGCGAGGAUGGUGCGCAGGCAAUAGCUGAAGCCCUCAAGGUGAACACUGCCCUCACCCAGCUCGACCUGCACAACAAUCAGAUUGGUGAUGCUGGAGCACAGGCAAUUGCUGAAGCACUCAAGGUGAACACAGCGCUCAUCCAGCUCGAUUUGAGCAGGAACCUGGUUGGUGACGCUGGCGCUCUUUCCAUCUCAGAAGCACUCCGAGCGAAUUCGACUUUGCAAAAUCUCAAUCUGGGAUCGAAUCAGAUCGGUGACGCUGGCGCCCGUUCCAUCUCAGAAGCACUCCGACAGAAUAAGACUUUGCAAAUUCUCAGUCUGUGGUUUAAUCAGAUCGGAGACGCUGGGGCUCUUUCCAUUUCAGAAGCACUUCGAGAGAAUACGACCUUGCAAAAGCUCAAUCUGGAGUUCAAUCAGAUCGGUUAUGUGGAGGAAACGGAAGUUCGCGUGGUCGUGCUUGGCGAUCCUUCAGUCGGCAAGACCUCACUUGUUAGGGGAAUCGCCGACGGUUAUGUUCGACAGGCGUUCUCCAAUGUGUUUAAUCUUGCCAAAUCCACCGAUGGUAUUGAUAUUUCAACAGUCGUUCUGCGUGAGAAAGACAAAUCCAUGAUUUUGAUCAUUUGGGAUUUCGCUGGUCAAGAAGUCUAUCUGGUUUCGCACCAGUUCUUUCUUCGUGAACGAACAGUCUACCUGGUCCUGUUUGACGUGCGUGAAGACUUGUCACUCCAUUCGCGCCUUGCCUUUUGGCUCCGCAGCUUGCACGCUUGCGUUCCAAACGCCGAUAUCAUUCUUGUUGGAACCCACAUUGAUGAUCCGUCAUACACUUCGGAGCGGCAGCAAGAGCAAAAACAAAAUCUUGACAAUCUGCUCAGCACCUUGCAAGAAUCAAGGGUUUCGUUUAACGUGCGUUCGGCCGUCUACAUCAACGCGCGGAACUCUACGGGGGCCCCGAGCAUGCCGGAACUCAAGACUGCAUUGUUUCAAGCUGGACAAGACAUGCCGUUUUACACCCAACCGGUGGAUGGCCGAUACAUUCAGUUCAGAGACUCGCUACGAAAGCGAGCUGAUCAGUUGGUCGCCCAAAACAAACCGCCUCUCUGUCGAUGGCAUGAAAUUGUCGAGCUUGGCCAGUCACUGGGUCUCAGCGGGCGAGCAAUCGAUGAAUUCAUGCAGCUCUUGCGUUUUCAAGGCUGGGUCGUUUUCCAUCGUCUUGCCGAUUCAGCGACCCAAGACCCGCCCGAUGUUCUCGCGCUGCAACCAGCAACUCUCCUCGCUUCGAUGAAUGACAUUGUCAUCUUGAACCCUCAAUGGUUCACGAAAACAGUCCUGACUGGAGUAAUAACCCAGAGACCUCAAGAUCGAUGGGUCAAAGAUGGCAUUGUGACUCGCCAGGAUCUGCUUCGAAACGCUUGGAAGGGCAUCGAUUCUGCGAUUUGUGAUCAGUUUGUGCUGCUCCUUCAGCGAUACGAGCUCUUGUACAAGAUGAGCGAUGCCGAUCAACCUGGAACCGAUUCUGGCACUCGCUAUGUCAUCCCUUCGUACCUGCCAGCUUACGAGUUUGACCCGAGUAGAUGGUCUCUGAAGCCUGCAGCGGGCGAGCCGCAUGAAGUUGCCAUUGUGAUGGAGACAAAGUUUUUGCUGGAGGGAUUUUUCUCGAGGCUGCUUGUGCGCUUUCACGAGCGGAAAUUCAGUUUGACAGCGUGGAAAGAUGCUGUUCUGGUCAAUUGCGGCGGUCCUCGAGCACUACUCCGUGUUCAUCGCAACGCUUCCAAUGUGCGCCUCGAGUUUACCGUGCGUGGGCAACAUCCAGAGGAGCUGCUGCCAACCCUGAUUGAGAUAUUGGACAAGCUCAGUUCGGAUUGGUAUCCUGGAAUCUCGUGGGAAACCUACCUGCGCUGUCCCAUGCAGGUGCCUCAUGACAAACCGUGCAGGUGGCUGCUCCGACCUCAAGUUCGAGACGCGGUGAUUGACAAGAUGAAAAACUUAUCUUGUUCGCACACGCUCGCCACUUUCCGCAAGGAGGAAUGGCUUCCUGUUCUCAGCUCGCUUUUGCAGCGUCGCUUGAACGCUGUUUCGCAACCCACACCGGAGGAUAUCGAAGCGCUACGGCAACUCGAGUGGCAACAAGCACCGUCGAACGAGACCCAAAGUUCGGUGACAGAAGCUGCAUCGCCUGUCGCACCACUGGUUGCAUCCGAACAGCGACCAUUGCUGGCGCCAGCAUUGCAGCCGAUCAUCGAUGGACAAACCCAGCAUCGAGAUUUUGCGAACACAAGUACACCGCAAUCUGGAAUUUCCACGACUAUUCCUCGAGUGGGUAUGCAAGAGCUUUCUCAAGUUACUGGCAACUUUGCCGAAUCACGGCGCAUCGGGGGCGGCGGCUUUGGCAGUGUUUACGCCGGCAUUUGGCGUGGUGCACACGUUGCUGUCAAGCGUUUGGCGGCGAAUUCAAACCAAGGCAUCGCUCAAUUUGAGGCCGAGCUCGAAUCCCUCUCUCGUUUUCGCCAUUGCAACAUUGUGACUAUCAUGUGCUAUGCUCAAGAAGGCAACGAAUGCUGCUUGGUGUACGAGCUGAUGGCAAAUGGUUCAGUCCGUGAUCGUCUGGAUUGCACGAACGGCACGCCUGCUCUGAGUUGGCCACAACGCCAGAGGAUUGCCAUCGAGAAUGCUAUUCCAGAUCAGCCGCUAUUCCACUUGGAUCUCAAGACGGACAAUGUUUUGCUGGACACUCACUUUACUGCAAAAGUCGCCGAUUUUGGAUUGACGCGCUCCGUGCCAGCUCAGUUGGCUGCACAGAGCUACCUCCAUACGCAGACCAUUCGAGGAACUCGCCCUUACAUUUGCCCUGAGUAUCUUGAUCACCACGUCGUUUCCAUUCGAACGGACGUGUACUCGUACGGCAUGAUUUUGCUCGAGCUGCUGACUGGAAAGCUGCCUGGUAUUGCACUUGCUAGCUCAGUGAAACGUGCGCUUAAACAGCAAGGUCGGCUCGAUUCCGAGUUGGAUGCGUCGAUCACAUGGAGCGCUGCAGACAAACUCGCUGCCACCGCACUCGCGCAUCUUGCUAUUGCUUGCCUGAAGCCUGAUCGACACGACCGACCAUCCUUUGGCGAGAUUCUGUCAAAGAUGAGCCAAUCUGCCGAUCAGGGCAACGCGCAUGCUCAUGCUGCAAUUCCCCACAAUCCCAGGAUGGAGCAUCAUCUCAGAAGCAUCAAGGAGCAGUCGCAACCUCAUCGAAAUUCGGAUCUCGUGAGCUCUCACAUGGAGCAGGAGCAGGAGCAGCAGCAGCACUCACAGGUUGCUGAGGUCGGAGCUGCACCUCUGAAUCCUCAUCACAGCGCCGUCAAGGAGUGGCUCUCUCCUACUUUAAACUCGAUUGUCGUGAACGCUAGCAUGCAGUCGCAGCGCUCGGAAGUCGCAGCUGCAGCAAAUUCACCACUGUCUCAUGAUCAAAACAGCAUCAAUGAGCCGCUGCAGCAUGCUGCAAACUCGAUUGUCACGAACGCUAGCAUGCAGUCGCAGCUUGGCUCCUUCAACGGAUCGGACGUGAACCCAGAUAUCGAUCACUAA